AUGACGCGCUCCACCUUUGGGCAAUUUGGGCCACCAUCCACAACCACCACACUGACACCGUCGAGAGCUAUCACUCACAGACCAGCGGUUGUUCUGGAAGACAUUCCACCCGUUCGGUUCGAUAUGCGAGAUGCCUGGUCGAUGAGGCAGGGACAGGGCAUCCUCGACGUGGAGCGUGGUGAGUUGUUCAUUCAGCCCUUGUCGCUCGCCCUCCCUCGCCUCAUGGUGACCAUGCAAUACUAUUGGGAUGGGAUUGCAUUCAAGUCAUGA